AUGGCCGCAGAUAACAAUCUAUUAAUGCAGCUGGCAGAGAUGUUUCCAGAUCAUCGUCUUGAGACUCUCGCUAGGUGUCUGGAGGACUCUAACAAUGACGUUAAUUUAGCUUGCUCCAUGGUAAUCAGCGGUACACAUAUUAGUGUCGGAGAGGAUCUGCAUAAUGACAACACUACUUUAGAUGAGUUGUAUAGUCUUUUUCCGCAAAUACCCAGAGAUGAUAUACAAACCGCGUACUAUGAGCACAAGGGUAACAAAGAAAAACUUUUUGAUAGUAAUGAGGUUGUCUUAGAACUGCUAAGCUUAGAAUCCAUUAGGAAUCAGAAACUAGAAAUUGACCAACCUGUGCUGAGUUCGACUGUUAAAGCAGAUGAGAACACAUCAAAAUGGGGGAAAACGCACAAUAAUAUUGAAACAAUAAUAAGAUAUACUAAUGUGGAUAGAGAGAGAGCGAGUAAAUACUAUACUAAUAAUCUCUUUAGUGCACCCUUAGCUAUUAUAAGCAUAAUUAGAGAUGGUUAUGAGCAGCCGAUAAUUUCAAAAACAAAUACAACAAAUAGAAAGACUGCUUUUAGGAAAGGCGCUAUAAGGGGAGGUCGAGUACAGUCUAGUCAUGGUAUAGCGCACCGCAAGCAAAAUGGAUUGGACCUGAAAACGGAAAACUCAUUUGAACAUCUUUGUGAUGUCACUGAUAACAUGUCAGAUACGAUUUCUACUGUUGAAGCUCCUACAUAUGAGGAUGUCGCCGAUCUGAAGAAAUUAUUAUCUGGUGAGCAGACUCUGAGUGCAUUUAAUAUGGAAUUUAUUAAUAAGGCAUAUCGAUAUUAUCACUUAAAUUUGGACAAGCUUGCAUCAUUAAUUAACUAUUUGAAAUUAAACAGUGCGUCUAAGUUAACAUUUAUUACAGCUGAAAAAAUGAGUGCUGAAUCAUUACAGCAUUCCACAGAUGAUGUUGGCAUGAGAGUACCUUAUUCGAAGACUAUUAAGAAGAAAUCUACAGUUAACACAUCUCCUGCAUUAACAAAGAAUAUGAUUCAAGGUAAGGAAAACUUUCAAAUUGCAAACAAGAUGGUGGUAGAAUUUUUCAAUACCUACAAGCUAGAUUUUCAUGGAUUUUUACCACAGGAGGCUGUUAGAAUUGCAGAUAUCUGUUUGACUCAAUGGUGGGCAGAGGAACUGUCAAAUCGAGAACUCAAUGCAGGAAAGCUUAAUAUGAAGAAGUCGCAAUAUAUGAGCCCAGUUACUCUUAUCACAGGAAGGGGCAUCCACAGCGCAGGCGGAUUUUCGAAAGUGCGGAUAGCCAUAGUGAAAUACCUACAAAAUAAUUACUACAUUUUUGAAGAGUUCCCAUCCUAUUUCAUUGUUAAUGGAAAAGGUAAGGUUUUUGGCUAG